GUGGAGGAGCGCAGGGAUCAGAAGAGAGGGUGGGACUCCAGCAAGUGCGCUUUAUCCUUCCUCUCCAGACACGAGCCAGGUACAAACACCAGCUGACAGCAGCAGCCUUCGGAGACUCCCGAGAAUCACGGCCUCCGUCACGGCAGCUCCAGCUCGUAGAAUGAGUUACUACCCGGAUCCAGUUUCCUCCUGUCAAGCUCUUCAACCGCCCGACUGUCUGGGUGUAAUGAGGUUGAGUGGAGGGAUGGCGGUGACUGUGCCUCCUCAUAUGUGUUACCCACAAAACCCUGCUCCACCCAGACCCCUGUACGGCCAGCACUUCACCCUGCAGGAGGUGCCCAACGGACCAGAGCUCGGCCCCGGAGAUCUGGAGUGUGCGGAUGUGCCUUUAUUGACUCCAGGAAGUAAAGAAAUGAUGUCUCAGGCUCUUCUGGCCACAUUCAGCGGCUUCACCAGGGAGCAACAGCGGCUCUCCAUCCCAAAAGACCCCCGCGAGUGGACAGAGGCCCAUGUUAGAGAAUGGUUGACCUGGACAGUAAACGAGUUCAGUCUGAAGAACGUGGACUUCCAUAAGUUCAGCAUGGACGGAGCCAACCUCUGCGCUCUGGGCAAAGACAGGUUUCUGGAUCUGGCACCUGACUUUGUAGGCGACAUCCUCUGGGAGCAUUUAGAGAUGCUGCAGAAAGAAGACCCGAAGCAUUUUCCUGUCAACAGCCUGACCUCCAGUUUCCAGGAAUCCCGUUACCCCUCCGACUACUUCUUCAACUAUGGCAUUGAACAUCCUCAGUGCGUUCCUCCGUCAGAAUACUCAGAGCCGAGCUUCAUCACAGAGUCCUACCAGACCCUGCACCCGAUCAGCUCAGAAGACCUGCUGUCUCUCAAAUACGAGAACGAGUAUCCCGGCGUUAUACUGCGAGACACGCCUCUCAAUCCGCUGCAGGGAGACUACUUUUCAGUCAAACAGGAAGUUGUGUCACCCGACAACAUGUGCGUGGGUCGCAUUAGCAGAGGUAAGCUGGGAGGUCAAGAUUCGUUUGAGAGCAUUGACAGCUUCGAGAGCUGCGACAGACUGACGCAGUCCUGGAGCAGUCAGUCGUCAUUCAACAGCCUACAGAGAGUUCCCUCGUACGACAGCUUCGACUCGGAGGACUAUCCCACCGCACUGCACGGACACAAACCAAAGGGUACCUUCAAAGACUACGUACGGGAGCGCUCGGACCUCAGCAAGGACAAACCGGUCAUCCCCGCGGCUGCGCUCGCUGGCUACACAGGCAGCGGACCCAUCCAGCUCUGGCAGUUUCUGUUGGAGCUCUUGACGGACAAAUCCUGCCAGUCCUUCAUCAGCUGGACUGGAGACGGCUGGGAGUUCAAGCUUUCUGACCCUGAUGAGGUGGCCCGCAGAUGGGGCAAGAGGAAAAACAAGCCCAAGAUGAACUACGAGAAGUUGAGUCGCGGCCUGCGCUACUACUACGACAAAAACAUCAUCCACAAGACGUCCGGCAAGCGCUACGUCUACCGCUUCGUGUGUGACUUGAAAAGCCUGCUGGGAUACACUCCCGAAGAGCUGCACACCAUGUUAGACGUCAAGCCCGACACGGACGAGUAAACUCAGAACGCCGGAAAUAGAAAAAUAGACCCUGGAAAAGAAAACGGGGCGUCCAUUUUUUGGGCCCAAUCGCAUUCCAUCUUAACACUUAGUCGUGCUCCAGUCUUGAGUCUUGAGCUCACAAGGGACCAAAAGAACAAAAAAACAAAAAAAAAAAGAGAGGAAGCGUCAAAACAUUUACCAAAGUUUAGAAUCCGUAGACUUUGCGCGUCUGUAUUGUUUAUAGCUCUGCGGGAAGGUCCAGGUAGAACGGCCGUUUUGACCCAGUAGCACAAACACCGGGAAGGAACAGAGGACAAUGAGACGGACGUUUCUCGGACUGAUCGCUCAUGUUAUUAAACACGUUGCCAAAAUUAGAGACAAGAGGAAUAAUCGCAGAAAUAUUUACAAUUGAGUUGCUUACUGUUUCUGUCUCCUUGCAUACCCAGCCACGAGGAUGAGUUCUCAGCCGGACCGAAAUAACAAAAAAAAGUUUUUUUAUUUUUUUAUGGUUUCUUAAAAAGAUCUAUAUGUGUCAGUAUUAAUUUGUCCGGACAGAGAUUGCGCCGUUUUGUACGUUUCAUAUGAAGGUUUAUUGAAGUGUGUGUGUGUGUGUGUGUGUGUGUGUGCGCUCUCUCUCGCUUCUUUUAAGGUCACGCUCGGUUAUGGCUUGCUCUUACCACAGUGUCCAUAGCCGAAGACGCCGUUUUUGAUCACCAGAUCAAGAGAGAUACCAGAGUCUCGCCCUUUUCAGUUGAAAGAGACGUACCUCAGUCAAACUGAGAGUGUGAGUGAGAGACGCAAAUGAAAGCGGCCGUUGGCUUCUCAACGGUGACACGCUUGUGGUGAGAACGAGGUGUCGUUUUAUCGCUCGUAUCAAGACAAAAAGACAUGUCUUGCCUCGGUUUGUUUGUACGCGAAUGGUUUUUUUCGUAAAGUUUCGCCUUAAUAUAGCGCACCGCCUUUAUGAGCUCGCUGCGUUUUCUCAAGGUCGACUGAAAGGUGUGGGAGAAAAAUGGCCUCAAACGGUUUUCUGGCAGCGCUAGACUCAACCGAAAGCCAUAAAAGCGAGGCCUUCUGCUUAGCCACGUCGAACAAACGCACACUUCGGCAUGCGUCUGGACCGAUGGAUGUGGCGGCGGAAACGAAGGACUCGAUUCCAUUUUCCAGGUGGUUCGUGAAAGUGUUAUUGUCAGAAAGGAAGGACCGGAUCGCGCCGAUACUUCAGGCAGCUUUAAAAGACGAUGGCGCGCGCUACGACAGGCUAACAGAAAAGUGGCCCGAUCCGACGUGGGAGUGCGUUUCCCAUUCGAUAAAUGCAGUAUUUUAGUCAGCGCACGUGAAACGUCUUACCAGUGAAUGGAGGUCGGAUUCAGUUUGUGUUUUCUUCUCUGUGUGGGAAGGGUCUCGUACGCAAGACCUCGUGGGAAAAGCCGAAGUAAAGCACGCUCUUCUAAGAAAACAAACCGUAUUGUUUACAGUGGCAGAACACGCUACCCAUCCCGAUCGGCGUAGCUUUUGGAAUUGUCUAUUUUUACAGAUAACAUUUCAUAAAAUGGCGAUAAACUGCCAACACGUUCGUGAGAGCUCAGAGUAAGAGAUGAGCUGGUUUCAGUCCUGCCAUGAACAACAGCUGAAGUGCUACAUCACCUAAACAAGCAGUUUAUAUAGUGGUAAAAAAGUCUGUGUGGAAUAAGCGGGAGCUUGAUAAAGCCAGCGGCAUGCCUUUUUUUUUUUUUGUUUUAUUUGACAAGGUCCAAAUCACAACGCAGUCUUUGUCCUGAUUGUAAGAGUUGCAAAAGUGAUGCAUUUUGUGUGAAAAAUGAACACUUUUGACAGAUACACACACUUUUUUUCGUAUCGACGAGUGUCGUUUUUAUUUCCCCCCCACAAUUUUGCCUUAUUUUGUAUGUUUUAUAUUUCUAUAUUUUUUUUUUUUUUUUUUUUUUGGUAAAAUGAGAAUUUUAAUGUAUUUAGUUCACAGACAUUUUGAUAUUUUUCAAUAAUUUAUAUUUUAUAAACUUUGAAAUAUGAGAUGCAGACAGCUGGUGCUUUCGUGGGUUAAAAAUAAGUGAAUAAAUAAAAAGGUAGCGCAGGACAAAAAAAUGUAGCGAAUUGUCUUUUAUAAGAAAUGAAAAAAAAAUAAAAUAAGAGUAAAAAAAAAAAAAAAAAUUGGAAUGAAUUCAAAGACCUGUCUGCUUAUACAGUUCUGUAUAGAUAAGGCUGAUGCUGGCCCAUCAUUAUGUUCUGCUGGAGAGUUUUAUAAACAGUAGCUUCUAUUUCUUAUUGUACUUUAAAUUGUUAUGUUAUUAAAAUAUAUGUGGAGAAAAUGA